UCCUGUAGCGGGUUCUGUCCGGCGAAGUCGCAAAACCAUGUUUGUUUGCAUUGGCCGACUAAGUCGCCGGAGAAAACCCAUUUCUUCCUUCACCGCCCUGCACCUGUACUCCACCACCGCUGCCACCUCCACCGCCACCUCAUCAAAACUCCACACAAAAUACUCCUUCAUUCCCCCACCUUCUCUAAAACCCCAGCAAAACCCUAGUUCAACCCAGCCCACCAAAAAGCUGCCCAAACCACGUUACCGUCCACCUUCUUCGCUGGAUCGAGCUGGGUUAGACCCGGUAAAAUCAAACUUACCAUUUGAUUUCCGGUUCAGUUACACUGAGAGUAGUGCGAGUGUGAGACCAAUUGGGCUCCGUGAGCCCAAGUACUCCCCCUUCGGACCGGGUCGAUUGGACCGGUCAUGGACUGGGGUUUGUGCACCCGCGGUUGACCCGAAAGAGGCGUCUAUCGAGAGCGAACAGGAGUUGGCGGAGAACAGGAGGGUGAUGAGAGAGAGGAUUCAGGGAGAGCCCUUGAGCAAUGCUGAGAGGAAAGCACUUGUGGAGACCUGUCAGAGGCAUAGAACUAAAAGGCAAAUUAACUUAGGUAGAGAUGGUUUAACACACAACAUGCUGAAUGAUAUCCAUAAUCACUGGAAACAUGCUGAGGCUGUCAGGAUAAAGUGUAUGGGUGUGCCUACUGUUGAUAUGAAAAAUAUAUGCACUCAGUUGGAGGACAAGACGUUUGGGAAAAUUAUCCAGAGACACUGUGGUCUUCUUGUGUUAUAUAGGGGUAGGAACUAUAGACCAAAGAAGCGACCAAUCAUCCCACUAAUGCUGUGGAAGCCUCAAGAUCCUGUAUACCCAAGGCUUAUAAAAACUACAAUUGAUGGCCUAUCGAUUGAGGAAACUAAGCAAAUGAGAAAGAGAGGAUUAGCUGUUCCUGCCUUGACUAAACUCGCUAAAAAUGGUUACUAUGGAAGUCUUGUGCCUAUGGUGAGAGAUGCAUUCAUCACUGAAGAGCUGGUUCGUAUAGACUGUAAAGGGCUUGAAAGGAGCGACUACAAAAAAGUUGGAUGCAAACUUAGAGAUUUGGUUCCUUGCAUUUUGGUGACAUUUGAGAAGGAGCAGAUUGUCGUAUGGAGGGGCAAAGACUAUAAACCUGUACAGGAUGGAUUUUUUAUUGCAGAUAGAGAAUUGUUUGAUGAUCUACAAAAUGACACGGUUCAGGUGGUAGAUCAGAAUGAGAAAAGGUAUGCCCUUCAGGAAGCACAAGAGCUCUAUUCAGGUGAUGAGUGAUCCGAGCAGUUAGUCUGCUGCUGCAAGCUGGAAGAAUUGGUGUUUGCAGUUAGUCUGCUGCUGCAGGCUGGAAGAUUGGUGUUAGUGCUUCUUCUUUCAGGACGGUGCUUGUGCUCCUCUAUUCUGAAUAUGUGGAAUUCAAGCAAGGGGCAAAGAAACAAUCUGCUACCUUGAUGGCUAUGGAGUCAGAGGCCCUUGUCCCGGUUGUUCUUUUGAAUACAAGCCUGAAAACCUACUCUUGAUACAGAUCAAAUGCACAGCUUGGGGGGGCACAUCAAAUUUUUGUCAUUGGUUGACCAUAUAAACAAAGGAAGCUUAGGAAAGAUGGUAGAUGUGGCGAAGGUGGCUGUUUGUCAUGUAUAAAUGUAGUGUUCACAUGAUUGGAUCAGUAACUGAGGAGGUUUAGCAUACCAUUUGUAUACAUCUCCCGCAUUGUCAUCUUUUUGCCACACUAAAUACAGAGUUGCAGGUGGAGUGGAAUAUACAUGUAGCAGUAUAAUUCUGAUUGCUUGAUCUGUUCAUCAAAGAUGGAUCAUCAUUUUUUAUUACAUGGGUUUCUUAAGUCCGCUGACAUUAUAA